AUGACAGGUAGCGGUCGAACAAGUGAUGCCCUGAGCAUUCUCUCCCUAUGUAUCCAUGUCAUUCAAUGCAGUAGUGCAAUUGUGGUGCUGGGCAUUACAGCUUGGGCAGUUCAGAACACCAAAACUACUACGGCAGUUCUGACCCCUGCAUUAUAUGUCAUCACCUUGAUAAUAAGCUGCGCAACACGGCGUCGAAGGGGCAAUUUCCUGCCGGUGUUGGCGUUUGACCUGGCAUUCUCGUAUCUUUGGCUUACGGCCUUUAUUCUUUUAGCUCUCGACUUCAACCAAAUUAGCUGUCGUGUCAUCCUCUGGAACGGCGAGACCGUUUGCAGCAGAAAGUACGCCGCCGAAGCCUUCAGCUUUAUCGCAUUUAUCGUCACCUUGGCAUCAUUCCUCGUGGAGUUUGCAUUUAUGUAUGCUGUCAAAGGCGAAACACAUGCAGGAGAAAUUAGGGAAGUUGGAGAUAAUGGCGAUCUGGGUGCAUUAUCGCGAAACCUGCGCAACUUUGGGGUAAUGCCAUAG